UUCUGACUUAUCAUACAGACAGCCUGAUGAAUGGGUGUAAUGAUAACAAGAAUCCAACAACCGCGAAACCAAAUCACAGCUAAUUUCAAUUUCAUGAAAGCCAGAACCUUAGAAGUUCAUGAAAUUUCUCAACAAAUGAGUGAAAGAACUCUAGUUCCAAUAUUCGUCUUCUGGGCUCUCCUUACAAUAAUCACCCCUACACUCAUUCUCCUGUCAGAGAAUUCAAAAGCUGACCUCGUUUCAAAUGGAAAUAUAACCGAGGGAAUGAAGCUCAGAAGAAUGAUUUACACAGAGAAUAAUGUCAUAAGAACAGCACCACCACCAGCCAAGUUUGAAGAGGAAUUGGCCUCAGCACCAGCACCAGAACCAUUACCAACUAGUACUAGAGUUACUCCAACGGUGUCACACUUGCAUCAUAAUCAUACUCUUAUAAGCAAUAGAACCCAUGAUGGCCAUAUACUCUCCUCUCCCAAAAUACACGUCCAAGUCAAACAAACAAAUAUCAGAUAAACAAGUACUUGUUGACAGACAUGCUUACUGGAUUUGGAUCUCAAAUUGUUAGUGCCCUCACUCCUUGUGAAAGAACAAUGUAAGCUGAUGAGAAACAGAAUUAAUUCAUUACAUUGUAAAUAUCUACAUAUGUUCAUACCAUGAUAUAAAUUUGUUGGGGUUGGUUGUUUAGCAUACAUAUUCCUUAUUGUUGAGGUGAAACCAAAGAGCAAAUGCUAGUCCAAGUAAUCCAAUUGCAAAUUUGUAGGUGUUAUGGAAAUUCUGUGUAUUUAGUUACCAAACGAGUCUCGUCAACAAAUUGUGACUACUUGUUUUAGCACGGAUUUAUAUGUUGUGUUCAUUUAAAGAAUUGAUUAUCCAGUUUCUAA